AUGGCAUCCUGCAACAUAGGCACGGAGUUUCCACAAUGGCUUCAAAACCAAGAGAGAAUAUUGGUCUUGGAUUUAUCCAAUAACAGUAUUAGGGGAACAAUGCCGAAAAACAUUGGGGAUCAAAAUAUGGAGUUAAGAGUGUUAAAUCUUAGGCAUAAUCUUAUAGAAGGUUCAAUGCCAAGCUCUUUGUGCAAUUUAGAGAAGUUGUUCACUCUAGGACUAUCAUGUAACAGACUUUCUGGUGAAAUUUCCAAUUGUUGGAGCAAUGCUAGUCAAAUUUGGGUAAUAGAUCUUUCAUCUAAUAAGCUGUUAGGCACUAUUCCAAGCACAUUCUGGAAUUUAUCUGAAAUGUGGUGGUUAGGUUUGAGCAACAAUUUACAUGGGGAUCUUCAACAAGUCUUACAAAGACAUUCAGAAUUAAAAGUCUUGGACCUUGGUGAGAACCAUUUUACUGCAAAGAUACCUUCCUGGAUAGACAAUGAGGGAUUGCCACAACUUCACAUUCUAAGGAUGUCACAAAAUUUGUUAUCCGGUGAUAUUCCACCUUCCCUUUGCAAGCUCCAAAGAUUGGGAAUCUUGAAUCUUUUAUUUUCUAAUUUGUCAAGUUCAAUCCCUUCUUGCAUUUGCAAUCUUAAUACAACCAAAGAUUUCAGCUUAUUUUACGGUACCUUUUAUAUAGAUGAUGUAAUUGCCAAAAUAACAAUGGACGAGGGUGUUGAACAAGUUUUGAAAGGAUUGCAACAAGAAUACACUUCAAAUUUGAGGUAUUUGACAAAUAUUGACUUGUCAAAUAACAAUUUGAAGGCUCCAAUUCCAGAAGGUUUAACUUGUCUCUCGAAUUUGAUUGGCUUGAACUUAUCACACAAUAAAUUUUCAGGAAAGAUCCCAAGCAAGAUAGCAAACAUGAAGUCAUUAGAAUCCACUGAUCUAUCAAGCAACCAACUUUUUGUUCCUAUUCCCAGCAACAUGUUCGCCAUGACUUCAUUGAGUUUUUUAAAUUUAUCAAACAAAAAUUUUUCAGGACCUAUUCCUAAAGGGGCUCAAUUCUCUACCUUUAGUCCAUCUUCUUAUAAUGGCAAUCCAUAUCUUUGCGGAGAUCUUCAAGGAAAAGCAUGUCCUAGGAUUGGGAUAACCCACCCUCCUUCCAAUCUUAGCUUUCAUGAAGAGGAUGAUAACAAAAGAAAAGAAAAGGUGUUAUUUUACUUUGUGAUAGCAUUGGGAUUCAUCACAGGAUUCUGGGUAGUUAUUGGAUUUUUUUUGCUCAACAAAAAACGGAGACAUGCUUCCUUCAGACAUGUGGAUAACUUUGUUGACUUCAUGUAUGUGGAAAUUCAUAUCAGGAAGGCAAGAUUCAAGAACAAGAGCAGGAACCUGGUUGAUCAUUAA